CCGCCGGCCGGGCAGUCUGCGCCGCGGCCAUGGGGAAGCUGCUGUUGCUCGCCCUGGCCGGGAUAGCGGCCGCCUUCCUGGCCGGGAGGUUCAUGGCCUUUCGAAAUAAACUUAAUGCUUCUCGGGAAAUAGAGCCAGUAGAGCUUCCCAACUGCCACCUCAUUAAAGGAAUUGGUAACAUUGUUCAGUUGAAAGCUGGUUCAGAAGAUAUUGACAUUCUUCCUAAUGGUCUGGUUUUCAUUAGUUCCGGUUUAAAAUAUCCAGGACUUAAAAGCUUUGCACCAGACAAGCCAGGUGAAAUACUUCUGAUGGAUUUGAAUGAAAAAAACCCAAAAGCAAGAGAAUUGAGAAUUAGCCGCGGAUUUGAUUUGGCAUCAUUUAACCCUCAUGGGAUCAGCACAUAUAUUGAUAAAGAUGAUUCAGUGUACCUAUUUGUGGUGAAUCAUCCACAUCAAAAGAGCACAGUAGAGGUGUUUACAUUUGUAGAAGAUGAUAAUUCUCUCAAACAUCUGAAAACUAUCAAACAUGAUCUUCUGCCUAGUGUGAAUGAUAUUCUGGCUGUGGGACCUGACCGUUUCUAUGCUACCAAUGACCACUAUUUCUCUGAUUCUGUAUUGAUGUUCUUGGAGAUGUUCUUGGGCUUAACUUGGUCAAAUGUUGUUUACUACAGCCCAACAGAAGUUAAAGAGGUAUCAGGAGGAUUUUAUUCAGCCAAUGGAAUCAACAUGUCCCCUGAUGAGAAGUAUAUCUAUAUUGCUGAUUUGUUGGAUCAUAAUAUUCACGUUAUGGAAAAACAUGCUAAUUGGAAUUUAACUCAAAUGAAGGUGCUGCAAUUGGACACGCUUAUUGAUAACUUAUUUAUUGAUCAUUCUACUGGAGAUAUUUGGGCAGGGUGUCAUCCCAGUGGUAUGAAGGUGUUUUUCUAUGAUCCUGAGAAUCCCCCUGGUUCUGAGGUACUCCGUGUCCAGAACAUUUUGUCUGAGAAGCCUCUGGUGUCCCGUGUAUAUGCUGAGAAUGGCUCUGUGCUUCAGGGAAGUUCUGUUGCAGCUGUGCAUGAUGGGAAAUUACUCAUAGGCACAGUCUUCCACAAGGCACUCUACUGUGAGCUAUAGUUUGCUCUGGACAGACUUUUGUUAUAGAGGGGAGAGUUCAAUUUGACAAACUUUUGCACGUCUUCUAAAUUUGAUAAUUCUGAGAUCUGUUACAAUAAAGGUUUAACCAGGGUCAUAACAUGUAUUCCUUGCCUUCAUCUCCAAAAGGUAAUAACAUACAAAAACUACUCAAUAGUGAUAGGAAAUGGGAUUUAAAAAUGAAAGUGGUAGGCUUUGGGCUUUCUUGACCUGCAGAGGUUUUAUGCCAUUAUUGGUGUAGGCAAAUGUAGAUUAAAAUGGAUAAAGCAUUCUUUGGGCCUGCCGUUAUCAACUGUGAUCAGAAUUUAGAAGUCUGUUUCCUUCCCAGUGCUGCGAAGGUUAAUCUUCUUGGUGCUUAAAAUAAUACAAGGAGCGCUGAACAGCCAGGUGUCUUAGUGUGUGGGUGCCUUUUGAGGAUUAAUUCAAAAUCCUUUUGAAGGUAUUUUUGAAUCUCCUGUCCAUUUUCUCCAGGCUUCAGAAAUUAUUUAUAGGAGGACUGGGGCCAUGUCUUCAUUUCUCUUCCUUCCUGAUUGGUCCCUUUUUUUAAAAGCAUUUCUAGCAUUUUUGUCACACUGCUCCUUUUCAUUAACUUGUUUGACAUUUACUCUUUCUUUUGUAGGAGAUUAUAGUAUGGGGUUUCUGAAUGUACCCUUCAAAAAUGAGUUCAAAAUAUCUCUUUCUGGAAAGGCAUCAGCUUUUCCUCUUAUGUGAAAAGUGCCUUGGAGGCUACAUUGUCCCUUUUUGCAGUAAAACGCAGGAUUUUGAAGGCUUCUCUGCAAAAACUACCUCUGGAUCCUAAGUAUAGUUUGUAUUCUGUGUGUGAUUGAUCUUUUUUUCAACCUCUGUAAAUUGCAUCUGUCUAGCUUUUAUGCUGUCGAAACCAAUCAGUCAACUAUUGGACGGAGCUUGCUUACUUAUUGUGUGUCAUGAGGCAAUUUCUAAUGGUAAUGUUGUAAUAUGCGUUGCGGAAAGACUUGUCUACAUUUCCAUGAAGUGCCAUUUUAGAGCAAUGCUUAAAUAACAUGCUUCCAAUAAAAGGGAUGAAAAAUGUG